GGGGCGGGCGCCGGGAGCGUCAGGGCGGCGCGAAGAUGGCGGCGGCGGUGGCGAGGCCCGGGGCGUUGGAGGCACCCAGCUCGCUGCUGCUCGUGGUGGGCGGCGAGUGCGGGUCCCCGGGGCUGCUAGCCUAUGUGCUGGAGGAGCUUGAACGAGGCAUCCGGUCUUGGGACAUUGACUCUGGCAUCUGCAGCCUCAAUGAGCAGCUCAAGGUCUUCGUGUCCCGGCACUCGGCCACCUUCUCCAACAUUGUGAAAGGCCAGCGGAGCCUGCACCACCGUGGAGAUACCCUGGAGACGCUGGUCCUUCUGAAUCCAUCAGACAAAUCCCUAUGUGACGAGCUCCGAAACCUUCUUUUGGACCCUGCUUCUCACAAGCUGCUGGUGCUGGCUGGGCCAUGCCUGGAGGAGACAGGGGAACUGCUGCUACAGACGGGGGGCUUCUCACCUCGCCACUUCCUCCAGGUCCUGGGGGACAAAGAGAUCCGGGAUCUCCUGGCCUCCACACCCCCACCUGCAGACCCGCCCAAGCUCACCAUCACCUGUCCGACCUUCGGUGACUGGGCCCAGCUGGCACCUGAAGUGUCUGGCCUCCAGGGCGUGCUCCAGCUGCAGUUAAACCCUCCCGUGCACCUGCCGGCUUCCGAAGGCCUGCGUGAGUUCCUGGAGUAUGUGGCUGAGUCACUGGAGCUGCCGUCCCCCUUUGAGCUGCUCGAGCCUCCGGCCUCCGUGGGCUUCCUCCGGCUCGCCCGGCCCUGCUGCUACAUCUUCCCUGGUGGCCUCGGGGAUGCCGCCUUCUUCGCUGUUAACGGCUUCACCGUGCUGGUCAACGGGGGCUCUAACCCCAAGUCAAGCUUCUGGAAGCUGGUGCGGCACCUCGACCGGGUGGAUGCCGUGCUGGUGACCCACGCGGGCGCCGACAGCCUCCCUGGCCUCAACAGUCUGCUGCGGCGCAAGCUGGCAGAGCGCGAUGAGGCGGCUGCUGGCGGGGGCUCCGGGGACGACCGGCUGCGCAGGCUGAUCUCCCCCAACCUGGGGGUCGUGUUUCUCAACGCCCGGGCGGCCGCCUCGCGGCUGGUGCGUGGCGAGGACGAGGCAGAGCUGGCCCUGAGCCUCCUGGCCCAGCUGGGGAUCACACCCCUGCCCCUGCACCGCGGGCCGCUGCCGGCCGAGCCCACAGUGCUCUUCCAGAAGAUGGGUGUGGGCCGGCUGGACAUGUAUGUGUUGCACCCACCCUCGGCUGCUGCUGACCACACACUGGCCUCCGUGUGCGCCCUGCUGGUGUGGCACCCGGCAGGCCCCGCUGAGAAGGUGGUACGAGUGCUGUUCCCUGGCUGCACGCCUCCCGCUCGCCUCCUGGAUGGCCUGGUCCGCCUGCAGCACUUGGGGUUCUUGCGGGAGCCUGUGGUGACCCCCCAGGACCUGGCGGGGCCUCGGCGAGCUGAGAGCAAGGAAAGCGUGAGCUCCCGGGACAGCUUGAGGCGAGAGGGCCGGGCCACAGUGCCCUCCAGGUCUACCCAGGAGCGCCCCGGGGUGACCCGAAAGGAGCCCCUGCGGGCCGAGGCCCCUCGCAGGGCUGAGAAAGAAGCCAGGCCCCCCCGGGAGGUGAAGAAGGACCCCAAGCUGAAUGCCCCUCGGGCAAGGGAGCCAAGGGAGGUACGCCAGGCGGCCUCCGCUGUGGUCAGCAGCAAGAAGGCGGGUGCCCAAGCUGCUCCCAAGCCUCGCAGAGCGCCCAACACACCACACCCUGGUGUCCCACCGGCAGAGAAUGGGCCCCGCACCCCCCCCAGCUUCCGAUGUGGAGAGGCCAGCCCCCCCACAGAAGCCUGUGGCUCCCCAGCCCCUCAGCUCGUGGCCACCCCCAGCCAGGAGAGCAGCCUGGAGCUGGGGCUGAGCCCGGCUGGGGAGGAUGGCGGCAGCUUGGAGGAGAAGACACUGGAGCUGCUGCUGGCCACCAACACUCCCCAGCCGUGCUCACCCUCUCCUGCCGGAGCCCACCAGGGCCAAACUGAGAGCUGUGGGCCACUGUCACUGAGCCCACUGCGUGGUGGAGAGGCGGGGCCAGAUGCCUCCCCCACAGUGACCACGCCCUCGUUACCCGCUGAGGUGGGCUCCCCACACUCCACAGAGGUGGACGAGUCCCUGUCCGUCUCCUUUGAGCAGGUGCUCCCUCCACCGCCUGCCACCUCGAGCGAAGCCGGGCUGAGCCUCCCACUCUGUGGCCCUCGGGUGCGGCGCUCAGCCUCCCCGCAUGAUGUGGACCUGUGCCUGGUAUCACCAUGUGAGUUUGAGCACCGCAAGGCCGUGCCCAUGGCACCGGCACCCGUAUCUCCUGGCAGCUCCAAUGACAGCAGCGCCCGGUCCCAAGAACGGGCAGGUGCUCCAGGGGCCGAGGAGACGCCACCCACAUCCGUCAGUGAGUCCCUGCCCACCCUCUCUGACUCGGACCCCCUGCCUGCUGGCCCUGGCACCGCGGACUCAGAUGAGGACACAGAGGGCUUUGGAGUCCCUCGCCGUGACCCACUACCUGAUCCCCUCAAGAUCCCUCCACCACUGCCCACCCCACCCAGUAUCUGCAUGGUGGACCCUGAGAUGCUGCCCCCAGAGCAGGCUCGGCUGAGAGAGGGCCUCAGCCGUACCCGGAAGCCCCUCACUCGCCCCAGCCCCAGCACUGCUGCCCCCAAAGCCACUGCAGGGACUGCUGCCAAAACCAAGGGGCUGGCCAGUGGGGACCGGGCCAGUCGGCCACUCAGCGCCCGGAGCGAGCCCAGUGACAAAGGAGGUCGGGCACCCCUGUCAAGGAAGCCCUCGGUCCCCAAGAUGACCACUCGAGGUUCAUCCGGGUCAGCUGGUAGUCGGCCAGGAGGGUCGGCAGCCCUACCCGGCUCCCCUGUCUACCUCGACCUGGCCUACCUGCCCAGCGGGAGCAGUGCCCGCCUGGUGGACGAGGAGUUCUUCCGGCGGGUGCGAGCACUCUGCUACGUCAUCAGCGGCCAGGACCAGCACAAGGAAGAGGGCAUGCGGGCCGUCUUGGAUGCGCUCCUGGCUGGCAAGCAGCAGUGGGACCGGGACCUCCAGGUGACACUGAUCCCCACCUUUGAUUCGGUGGCGAUGCACGAGUGGUACGAGGAGACGCACGCCCGGCACCAGGCGCUGGGCAUCACAGUGUUGGGCAGCAACAGCACCGUGUCCAUGCAGGACGAGGCUUUCCCAGCCUGCAAGGUGGAAUUCUAGCCCCGCCCCCUCUGCCCAGCAUCAGCCACUGUCCUGAGAUGCACCCGUGUCUGAAAUAAACCAGGUACUCCGCUCA